AUGGGAGCAUACGGAGAUCAGGAACAAUACGGCGCGGAACCUUUUGACGCUAUGAGUGACAAAGUGGCAGUAGAAGACUUGGAGGACGUCCAUGAUGUUGGGAAGAUUCGACUAUCUGUUGGCGGCACCAAUGAUCUCGAGAAUGGCGCUCUCUUUACGCACUGGGAAAGUAGCACUUGCAAUGAGGGCUCACAUCUAGCCUACAGUGGAUUCACGCCAUCUAAGUCGAUACCUGCCUUCCAUAGCCAGAAUGACAACACGCCAGUAUGUGCCUUGCGUCAGUCGAGCGGUCGUUCAGCGCAGUUCAUGUUCCCUGCUCAUUUGACCUGUCCCGAUGGUUGGACCAAAGAGUAUGAUGGGUACUUGAUGACGGCAAAGUACGAUCACCAGCGUACAGAGUACAUCUGUAUGGACAAACAGCCAGAGGUUAUGGAGGACACCAGCAAGAACGUCAACGGCGCUCUGCUGUAUUUCGUUGACACAAACUCCAGAGCUCACGUUCCAAAUGCAUACGUCUGUGAGAAGGAGUUGACCUGCUCCGCCUGUUCAAGUUGCUAA